ACAUGUUUUUGAAUUUGGGCCAUUUAAGUGAUGUCGGCUCGUCCCAGUCCCAAGGCAAAAGCUGUCACUAUCCCAAGGUUGAAGGGCAGCUAUAGCUCCGGCCGCAGCACUGGAAGGAGCUCACGCAGCACGGGAGGGAGCUCCAGCGAUGUCAUGACGCAGACGGAGUCGACCCCUUCCCCAAGCGACGACACUCUGACAACCUCGCCCAGCGUGCAAGCAUCGAGCAGCAGAACAGGGGAUGGUGAUGACACGCCGAAACGCGGUCGUGGAAUUCACAGCGAUUCCUGGGAUUUGGCCUCCUUGGAUCCGGCCACGUGGCCCGUGUUGAAGGAUCCGUUCGGUACUUCCACUUUCCGCUUCACGACGGACCGCAUGAGCAUGGCAUCAGUGCCCGAAGGUGAGUUGUCCACGACCUCCCAGACCUUGGAAGACACCGUCGCGGAGGCACAGCAGCAGAAUGAAGAGUUGCAUCAGCUUUGCCCCUCAGCUGCAAAGGAAGAUGGCCAUGAAAAGACUAGGCCCUAUUUCCGCCAGCCUUUGUUUCAAAUAUCAGGUUGGGACGUGCUGCGGCUUGCUGCAAGCCUGGAGAAGGUCAAAGAGGCGCCCUUGAGCCACCGUGACUUGGUGGAGGAGACGCAACGCUGCAUGCAGCUGCUGCGGCAAAGGCUCCAGGACGUGCCGCGGCAGGUUGCUGCAGAGAGACCUGUCGGACCUGUCUCGGCUGCCAGGUCCGGUGCAAGCUCUCCUAUGGCUGGUCCGGCUCCUGCGCCGCGAUCGCCCAUCCUGAAGCAAUUCAGACUCGUCGAUCCUUCAAUCGUGAGCUCUGUGGCUGCUCCAUCAGCUUUGCCUUCAGCCCCAUGCACUCCCUGCACCCCCUGCACUCCUUGCACUCCCUGCACUAUCACCUUGCACAGCCCACCACAGGUCUCGCGUUUUGUGUCGGAUGGCCGCGCCUCUCCGGAGGAGCGGCGCGCCUUCUCACCCUUACGUCCCGUUUGGCCUGUGGUCCCAGGCUCUCCUCCGCGGUCGCGCUCGGUGAGUGUGACUGGGUCGCCGAGUCGCGAGGGACGCGAGGGACUGGGGCCAAUGAUGGAAUCUGCGAACGAAUCUGGUGGAAUUGGUGGCCGGAAAGUCAAGGAUCCAGACAUGGUGACAUGGUGUUGCUUUUUCUUUGUGCCAAUCUUGUCGAAGAUGUUUCAGGCGCUCUUUUGGGGUUCUGGUUGCAGACCCCCCGCUUUUUUGUUGCCUCCGUUCUUGGCUUCAACUCAUCUCUGGAUGCUCACUGGCAAAUGCCAGCCUGUGCUCUCCUUCAGCAUCGCAUCAAAAAAGCGCAAAGGCAGCCUGGACCGUGACCCAGCCCGUUGCUGA